UGGAGAAAAAACCCCUGAAGGAUCGCUUGCUCUUAACAAGGUAAAGAAGACAGCUGGACCGCGUGAAUUCUCAGCAGAAAGCAAAGGGGAGAAAGGGUAAUGGCGUCUUCAGGAUCUUGGAAGCCCCUGCUCUUGGCCGCCUUAGAGUCCAAUGCUCACCUCAAAAACUCAACCUACUUCCAGCUCGCCACUAUGGCUUCAAACGGCAGACCAUCAAAUCGCACUGUGGUCUUCAGAGGAUUUCAGGAGGGGACUGAUAAGAUUCAGAUCAAUACGGAUACUCGAACUAACAAGAUUGAAGAAAUUAGGCAUUGCCCAUUUGGCGAGAUAUGCUGGUACUUUGCAGAUUCUUGGGAGCAGUUUAGAAUAGGUGGGAGAAUUGAAAUCAUUGAUGGGUCAAGUACAGAUCCUGCCAAGCUUAUGCAACGUGAAAAAUCGUGGUUUGCUAGUUCUUUGAAGUCAAGAUUUCAGUACUUGGGGCCUGCACCUCGUCUUCCAGUAGUUGGCAAAGAACCUAGGAAAGUGAAUCAUCUCGACCAAUCGGCUGGCCCAGUUGAUACAUUUUGUUUGUUGGUUUUUGACCCAGAUCAGGUUGAUUACGUAAACUUGAAAAGCAAUGAGAGGUUGCUGUUUACCUUUAGACCAACCGGUGAUGGUUGCCAAAGUUGGAUGUCUGAAAAAAUCAAUCCAUGAACUAUAAUGCUGUUUAAAAUGCCAGUAUUUUAUUGUGAUCCAGUGUUUAAAAAUUAAGGGUUUAUUUUCUUGUUUCAUUUUGUACUUAAAAACUGUGAAAGAUAGGUUGCAUGAUAAUUAAAAAUCCCAUUUAUUUGAUUAUGCAGCAUUUUCAUGAA